AUGAGAAGCUUCAUAACAGUCAACUCGGGUCAACCUGCCGCAACCUUCACCCUGCAGCAACAACAUGGCAUCAAGACUGCAGCUGAGACAGGCACUUGUUUUCAGCCUAGGGUGGAUUGCAUAUGCUUCUACAUAUCUCCUUAGGAAACCCUUGGGUGUUAUCAAAACAGAUCUGGAAGAUGAUCUGAAGUUCUCCAAAUUGCAGCUUGGAUGGAUGGAUACUGCACUUCUCUUGCCAUAUGCAGUAAUGCAGAUGUUUUUAGGAUCACUUGGGGAUCGUUUUGGUGCAAGAAAGACUUUUGCUUUAUCGCUUAUAGUUUCAGGAUUGUCUAUGAUCUCUCUGGGGCAGUGGAGUUCAUACCACAUAUUUAUAGUUCUUUUAUUCAUAAAUGGAACAGCACAGUCUCUGUGUUGGCCAUCAUGUUCCAAGACCAUAGGAGCCUGGUUCUCAGACAGUACCAGAAACACUGUGUUUGGGAUAUAUGGAACAUCAGCCUUUGCUGGAGGAAUCGCUGGGACUUCUUUGGCAGUAUAUCUCCAAUCUCUGUAUUCCUGGAGGUCUGUGUUUUUCUUGCCAUCUGUUAUAUUGAUUCUACUUGGUGUAGUAGUACUAAUCUGUUUCUGUAUCCCUGCUGAUGUGGGUAUAGAAGUCCCGGGGAAAGCAGCCUCAAGUACAAGGAUGAAAAAUGGUACAAAUCCUACCUUUUUGCAACUGUGGCAAAUUCCUAUGGUACCAGAGAUUUCAGUGGGGAUGUUUUGCCUAAAACUUGUCCGUUACUGCAUGUACAUGUGGCUGCCUAUGUACCUGUUACAACAUCUCUCCUAUGCUAAGACAAUGGCAGGGAUGUUUUCCACCAUGUUUGAGAUAGGAGGUGUGGCUGGGAGUGCUUUUAUAGGAUUUAUACUUGACAGGUGUUUCCAGGGGCGUUCUUUACUUGGCACAGCUCUCUCCAUGCUACUGAGUACUGCAGCACUUCUGAUGUUUGCUGGUACAAGCAGCUGGGGUUACUUGUUCAAUUCUCUGUUUAUGGUGCUUGCUGGUGCUUUCAACUGUGGGCCAGACAGUAUACUUGGUGGUGCAAUUGGUGCAGAACUGGGGGAAAUGGACGGAAGAAAUGCAGCAGCAGCUGUCACAGGAAUUAUCAAUGGGUUUGGCAGCGUCGGGGCAUUCAUAGAGGGUCCACUGAUUGGUUUGGUGUCUGGCUACUAUGGUUGGUCUGGCAUGUUCUACCUGAUGGUGCUCCUGUCCCUCUGUGGUACCUUGUCUGUAUUCCGGGCAGCUAUUGUAUACAGUAGACAGAAAUCUGGAGCUCGUUUGGAAUCAGACUUGAAACUGAUAUCUGUAGUGUGACUGUUACAGUGAUCUGAAUGUGCAAAUAUUAUAGAAAGAGGUUGAAUUUUAUUUUUGAUGACGGCUUGGAGGACACUGGUGCAAAAUUAUUAUUAUUGUAAAUAAUUAUAAAAUAUAUGAUGGUGCCCUUUUCAAAUGCAAUUUAAAAUCGGUGUAUGUGUUGCUAUAAAAUGAUGUAAAUCUCUUUAUUUUUUAACAUUAUGAUUAAUUUAUAGAUUUUUAUAUUUCUUGUUAAUAAAAUAUGUAUUUAUAUUUUUUGUUUUUGUGAAAGGUGGAGGUUAAGUCAUUCCAGAUAUAUAUAUUUUAUGUAAUAGUUCAAUUAUAGUAGUUGUUAGUAUUAUAUUAUGUGGGAUUAAAUGAUAUAUCAAGCCUACAUCUGUUACAAAAUAUAGUUAAUAAAAUAAUGAAACAUUAAAAUACUUAAUUGCCAAUUAGGAGUCCCACAUCACACAUCACUGUGUCACACUGUUCCACAUUUU